CUCUCUCUGUCUCCAUCUCUUUACUGAAGAUGACUGCAGGGUUUUGUAUGUGUGUUCUGCUGGUGGUCCUGUGCACUAGCUGUUCAGGACGCACACACUUCUCUCCCCCCCUCCAAGAGGGCAGCCCUGCCCUGCCCCCUCCCUCUGAAGCACGUCUCGAAACCAAAGCCCACUUCCUCUCCGAGCCAUACCUCAGACAUACUCCCUCCUCUCCUUUGGUCAAUACCAACCCAUAUAUGGGAGAAGGCAGAGUCUCCAGAGCCAAACUCAGUGAACUGUUGGCUCGACUCAUCUCCUCACAGAAAGGUUACAUCAAUGGGAACUCAACAGUGAACAGCAGAGCCAGCGGUCUCAGUGCUAACCACCUGAUAAAAAACCGAGACUACACCGGGUGGAUGGACUUUGGCCGCCGCAGCGCAGAAGAAAACGAGCACUCCUUGUAG